CCAUUUCUGUGUCUUCUCUCUUCUCUCCAUUGUUGAAACUGAAAACCAAACCAAACGCAGUUCCACAGUACACCCUCUUCGUUUUCCGAGAAAUUUCCUCAGCGCCAAAUGUGACACUUACAAAGGAAACUGAUUUGAGCUUUGCUUCGAUUCCUCUUCUUCUUUAUCACAUGGGCUUUCUUUCUUUCCUUUAGCUUUUCUCUUCCCCCUUUUCCCCUUCUUUGUUCGCUUCUUCCCCGCCGAACGGUGGGUUUUUGAGUUCUUCUUUUUUCGUUUGCUGCAUUUUCGGGUUUUUCUUUUUGGGUUUGCAAUGUCGGGGUCGGCCAAAUUGCGCCUGGUCCGAUGCCCCAAGUGCGAGAAUCUUCUCCCGGAGCUCGCUGAUUACUCUGUGUAUCAGUGUGGUGGCUGCGGCACCGUUCUACGAGCGAAAAUUAGAAAUCGGGAAGAGGAUGAUUUAUCAGAUGAGUCGGGUGAAGACAGGGUAGGAGGGUCGUCUACUAAAUCCACGAAUACCCCGGAGAAAAGGGCGGUUGAUCUUAGUGAUGCCUCUGAUGGGGAUUUGAAGUUGAGUCCUGCCUCUUUGCCCUGUGAUCUAAAUGGUUCUGAGAAGGACAAAGUGGAGGACGCUGAGAAAUGUGAAGUCCACUUCAGUGUCAACACUGAUAAAUGGGGUGUUCAGAAGGAGGAGUUUAACUUGUACAUGGAUAAAGAUGGUUUGAGUGAUUCGAUGGGACCGGAACAAGUGGAUGUGAAGGUUCAAAUCAACUCAACCACGGCUGCAUCAGCACGAGAAUUGGAUUGGCAAAAGGGAGAAACGGGUGGGAUGGAGGAGGAGGGGGUUGAGAAAAACCCAAGGGAUGAUAUGGAAAGAGUGAGGUUCUCAACUUCCAACUACAAAGACGAUCGGACAAAUUAUCAGUUGGAUUUCAUUUCUGGUGUCCAGGAGCUUUUGAGAAACCAUAGCAACGCGAGCGGAGCUGAUAAAGUUAAGCACCUUGAACAGGACCGACUUGAGCUUUUGAGGAAGUUGGAUGAACUGAAGGUUCAGCUUGGUCAGUCUUGCAAUUUAGUUCAAAAUCCAAACCAAACGGCUCCCCCCAAGCCUCCUAAACCUUAUUAUCACUCUGGUGCUUGGCCUAGAGAUGGUUCUUCGGGAUCAAAUGCACCGCAGCAGCUACUUGGGCCGGAGAAAUGCGUUGCAGGUCCUUCAUAUUCCAAUUAUUGUCCAGAACCAUUUCCUCUUACCAAUGGAAUUGAAAUGCCUGUGCAGGGCUACUACCCCUCGAUGCAUAAUCCAAACAAUGCAUCUCAUUUUGGGGACCAUUUUGGAUCACAAAUGUUAAGAAGAAACUCAUACCAGUAUUCAUGUGCGCAUCAACAACAUCCGCACCAAUAUCAUUCGGGCCAUUAUGUUGAUACCGGUUCGGAUCCAUUCAGUCACUACCCUCGUAAUCCUCCCUUUCAUCAGCCUUCUUGCUCUUGUUUCCAUUGCCAAAAUAGAUUUUCGCAGGUUCCAGCUCCAGUACCUGGUGCUUACUACAAUAGAAGGUUUCCUGAUGUUCCAAACAAUCCCUCACUAUAUUCUCGUGAAAAUGCUGCUGCUUAUGGUUCAUGUGUUAACAAUAUUAGAGUCACUAAUCCUCCCUCGAAUUUUCGUGAUCGACAAGCCCACUCUAGAUGGCCAAGUGACUUCAAUUCUGAAAUUGGUGGUGGUGUUGCCAGUCGUCCUCGGAGGACGGUCUUAAUGAGUGGAGGCCAUCAGUGCUAUCCAAUAGCUGGGGGCGCCCCAUUUCUAACAUGUUAUAAUUGCUUUGAAAUGCUGCAACUUCCUAAGAAGCUACUGAUGGUAAAGAAUCAGCAGAGUGUUCGUUGUGGGGCUUGUUCUACAGUAAUCAAUUUUGCUGUUAUCAAUAAAAAACUUGUUUUCUCCAAUCAUUCACAGGUAGAUCAGUUCCCCUCGGAGGUUGAUGAUAGUGAUGGUCUGGCGGUCAGAGAUUAUAAUUCAAAUUUUAAUGGCCAUGUGAACCAUUCGAGUGCUAAUUUCUCUUCUGAUGAUUAUGAUAACACUGUUUACGAUUUCGAGGCACUAGAUAGAGAGCCUGUGCUACAGCCCAUGGGGUCAGGUUUAAGCUCAGCUAAGCAACAAGAGUUGCAAAAUUUUCAUCCUUCGUCUUCGAGUACUUCAGAGGAUGAAGACAGUCCAGAUGUUUUAACCGUUCCGAGGGAGGCUACAAACAACUUGCAACAUUUAAUCAAAACCACACGCUCUCCUCCCCUUCCUGGUUCACCUCUUCAGUCGUACUUUGAUUACUCAUCUAAUAAUCAGGUUGGAAACAGGUUUGGCAAGGGAAAUAAAAGCAGCCGUUCAGAUCAAGAGAAUGUGAAACCAAACAAGGUUACCUCGCGGCAGAAUUCUUUGAAAGAAGCAUCACUGGCGACUGAGAUGGACGUGUCAAUGAAUGACUACUCUAAUACUGUGGCAUUUCAAGAGCCACAGGAUGUAAGUAAAGAAGAUCACCAGCCAAGAGCCAAUAGAGGAGGCGAAUCUUUUUUUGCAAACAUUAUCAAGAAGAGCUUCAGAUCUAAUCAAGCAGAUGAGCGGAACAGAAGUAAUGUUUCAGUCAAUGGACACUUGCUAUCAUAUCGUGUGGUUAAAAAAGCAGAAAAGCUUGCUGGACCAAUCCAUCCAGGAAAAUACUGGUACGAUUCCCGAGCUGGAUUCUGGGGAGUCAUGGGCGGACCUUGUCUUGGCAUAAUUCCUCCUUUCAUUGAAGAAAUUGACUACCCCAUGCCAGAGAACUGUGCCGUUGGAAAUACCGGUGUUUUUGUGAAUGGCAGAGAGCUUCACCAGAAGGACUUGGAUUUGCUUGCUGGUAGAGGGCUCCCCACUUCAAGGGACAGAUCUUACAUUGUAGACAUCUCUGGUAGAGUCCUCGACGAGGACAGCGGGGAAGAGCUCGAAGGCCUCGGAAAACUCGCCCCCACAGUUGAGAAGGUAAAGCAUGGAUUUGGCAUGAAAGUUCCAAGAACAGCUUGUUAAUCAACAGAAGCAGAACAUCAUUGGGAUAUUAGAUUAGAUUAGAUUUGAAGAAUACUACCAAGUACCAUCAGUGGUGUAAUUGUAGUGGUUAUAUGUUUUAUCAUCUCUUUAGUGUCUGUGUGGCAAUGGCAUGUUCUGAAUAUGUAUCUGUAAAUGGUUGAUUCCUUCUUCAAUCUGUAUUGUAUUCAACUGUUGAUAAGUUACCAAGUUUUUCACCAUUCUUUCUUCAAGGAAAAUGAAAUUUU